GAUUGCCUAACUCUGACUCGGAAUCAGCUCUGAGUCUGAGCGACGGCUGUAGCCUGUGUAGGGCGCUUGUUUGUGGUGGCGCAGUAUAAACCAAUUGGCCCUUCUGCCCCACCAAAAGUCCUUCUCUUUGAUAGAAGACCUUGUGGCUCUGUCAGGGGCAGUCGUGCUCGCAGAACCCCCUUUUGUUCGUCGAACAGAUUCUCAAGUCUUAUUCAAAGAGAUUUUCAAACUUUUGUGAGUCCUCAGGCAGCUAGCGGUGGUGGGGGGUAUCGUAGACAGCAAAGAAAAGCGGAACAGUCAAUCUGAUCAUCAUGAGCCUCGUUUCCAAGAACUCCAUUCAGGUGGCCGCGCAAAGCUUGGGCAUUCCUAAUCUGGGGGAUGAGGUGGCGCAGGCGCUGGCACCGGACGUUGAGUAUCGGAUACGUGAAAUCUGCCAGGAAGCAAUCAAAUGCAUGCGCCACUCGAAAAGGUCGACGCUGACCACCGACGAUGUAAACAGUGCACUCAGUCUGCGGAACGUGGAGCCGCUGUACGGAUUCUCCUCUGACGACCCCCUCCGCUUCAGAAAGGCCCUGGGCCACUCCGAUCUCUUCUACUUAGAUGAUAAAGAGCUUGAUUUCAGCGAGAUUAUUGAUGCACCGCUCCCAAAGCCGCCGAUUGACACAACGGUCAUUGCACACUGGCUGGCUGUGGAUGGGGUGCAGCCAGCCAUACAGGAGAACCCUCCUCCUGGAGCGGAGCUGACCUUGCCAACCGAGCAGAAGAAGAAGAUCGAAGGGCAGCCUGGCCUGGGGGCUCCUGAGGACCUGCCGGUUGAAGUCAAGCCGGCCGUCAAACACGUUAUCUCGAAAGAGCUGCAGCUCUAUUUCGAGAAGAUCAUGGAGCUGGUCACGAGCGGCACGGACAGCAAGCUGCUGAACGACGCCGUCCGGAGCCUGGCGUCAGACUCCGGCAUCCACCCCUUGGUGCCGUACUUCAUCCAGUUCAUACAGGACGAGGUACAACGGAGCCUGCACGACCUCCCCCUGCUCUUCACCCUGAUGCGCGUCGCGGAGGCUCUCCUGGCCAAUCCCCAUGUACAUAUCGAAGGCUACUUGCAACAGCUGAUCCCGUCCGUUGUCACAUGCCUCGUCGCGCGGCGCCUCGGCGGUCGCAAGAACGGGUACCGCCACUGGGACCUGCGCGACUUCUCGGCGACCAUCGUCGCGACCAUCUGCCACCGGUACGGCCACAGUUACAGCAACAUCCAGCCCCGGCUGACCAAGACCCUGGUCAACAGCUUCCUCAACCCCAAGCAAACGUACCCCCAGCACUACGGCUCAAUCAAGGGCCUGGUGGCGCUCGGCAACCGAGUGGUUCGUCUCCUGGUGCUGCCAAACCUGGCCACGUAUCUGGAGCUCCUACGUGAGGAUCUAGACCCCCAAAAGCAGAAGGACGAGGUGCGGCGCUACGAGGCGCAACGCGUCUACGGUCUCCUGCAGGUAGCGGCGGGCAACUGUAUGUUCGAGGCUUUGAAAGAGCAGCCCCAGCUAGGGGAGCUCUUGCUCAAGUCCCGCCCAAUGACGGGCGCCAAAGUCAGGACGUCAAAAGCAGGUAAGGAUACCAAACCGGAAGGACCGUCAGCAAUGGACACGUCAGCACCAGAAGCGAGGCAAACUAGACAAGGGGGGCUCCCGGGGUCUAGCGGGCAGACGGAAGCGAACGCUGGGACAAACGGUAGCGUGGUCGGGAAGAAACGGAGACGGCCGCCCGGGGAAACGCAAGAGGACGCCUCGAAAGUCCUUGCCGAAGCGUGGAAAGAAGAGGGGGACACGUGGCGGCUGUUUGGGAAGUUGAUAGAGCUGUUUGGCGACAGUAUGCUGCCGUUCGUACCCAGACCCCAAUUGACAUUGAUGCACAGCUACAACUGAAGUGGGCCGCCAAUAUUGAAAGUCGUAAAGAAGCCUCACAACAUGUCUAGGCUCGGAAGCACCGAUCGAGUUUGACAGAGGGCAGUUGGCUCAGUUGGCUCCUCAGACGACAUAUGGGAGGGUGCGCAUCGGCAACAUGAUGACCUUGCGGUUGUGUACCGG